AUGCUCUCCCAGUCCGAGUUCGAGCGGAUGGCACGUCAGUUCGCCCUUCUGCAUCACACGGCCCCGACCUGGGCCUGGUUCGAGCCCGGGCCGUUAUCCGACUCGGGCGCCUUUGCGCCUCCGCCUGGCUUCCUCCGCUCAAGUCCGAUUGUUGUGCAGCCUCCGAUCGCCGCCCGCAGGCAGGGCGGAGAGGAGGAGGACCCUCCGGUGCUGGAGGAGCCAAUCUGCAGCACGGCCGACUCAUCUGCACUCGACGUGUCUGCGCUGGACGACCAGCCGCAACCCGACCUGCUGAGCAUACACAUCUGCCGCUCCGCCACGUACCAGACGCCGCAGCUGCUGCUGCUCGGCUGCCAUGGCUCGAACGGGCGGCCAUGGGACGUCGACGAGGCACGUGCGUACCUACAGAGGCAGGCGAACGGCUCGCAGCCUCUGCCGGACCAGAUGCUGACGCCGGCAGAGCACCCAGGCCUCGGGCUGCCGUGCGUCGCACUGCACGCGUGCCACACAGCCGAGCUCCUAUCGCCAAUGAUGCGCGACGCGGCAUCGUGCUCGCGCGAAGGGGGCAGACCACCGCUGGACCUGCUUGGCGCGUGGUGGUCCCUCGUUGCGCCUCUGCUCGGCUUGCGCGCUCAGCCAGGCCCCCAACACACCGUGAAUACAUAA